UAUUAGGUAAUUGAAUUCCCUUCUUCUGUGGGGUGGACUGUUAAUGACCCUUCAAUGGUUAAGUCGGAACCCGAUUCUUAGCUUCUCCGAGAGUGUCUGUCUGUCUGUCUGCGGAAUCCAAAUCCUCCAACUCCAAGGUUUCUUUCUCGUGCCCCUGCGCACGAGCUCUUUGUGGCUCCCAUCGUGCGCAAUUCACAUCGUAUGGUUCCAACGCGUUGUGCUGCAACUGAAAUCCAAAAUCAGAGAAAGAGGAGAAGAGAGAGAGCAUGGCUGAUCUCUUUGCGUGGCUCAUCUCCUUCUUCAUCCUUAUUGCCUUAAUUGUACUCGUCAUUUACCAGUUAAUGUGCCUGGCAGACCUGGAAUUUGAUUAUAUAAAUCCAUAUGAUUCCGCAUCUCGAAUAAACAAAGUGGUAUUGCCUGAAUAUAUUACAGUAGGUGGCCUAUGCUUGUUCUACAUUGUAACAGGGCAUUGGGUAAUGUCAUUGUUAUGUGCUCCUUACCUGUACUACAAUGUGAGAUUAUACAGACAACGAAAUCAUCUUGUUGAUGUUACAGAGAUAUUCAACCAGCUCCCUAAGGAAAAGAAGCAACGGCUUUUCAAACUCUUCUAUCUUGUUUUCAUCCUUUUCCUAUCCUUGUUUUGGAUGAUCUACACAUCUUUGGAUGACAAUUAUGAUUGAUGGCUUGUUUUGUGGACUUCUUUAUGGAAGUGUCCAAUUUAGUUGAGGGCAGCUAAUUACUUCCAUAUCAGACGCUAAAUCUACACAUGGUCAAUUGGAUGUCUGGAUCUUUCUGUAUAAUACACUAAACUUCAAAGCAGUUUCAUUGCUUGUUCGAUUAUGCGAAUUGCAAAAUCUAGACCUUAUAACCUCACGCUUAAAAUUCGUGUUUGUUUGUUUGCUACGCAUAAAAAGUUCGUGUUUGUUUGUUUGCUACGCAUAAAAUCACAAGUUAGAGCGUGUUUGGAUUAUUUUUUUUUUGA